CGCUGCAUGUGGGGGAGCGCGUGCUGUCAUGGAACGAAAGUGUGGGAUGAGCUAAUAUUUUUUGCUGAUAAUGUUUUAGCCCCGGAGCAUUUUGCGGAGAAGGAGACAAUACCAAGCGGAUGGAACAAUAUUGGAGAAUGGCCUAUUUUCAACGGCCAAUAAAUCAACCUUGUUGUCAAGAAUCCACGGUGGACCGACUGACGGGUGCACAUGGGGACAUAUAAAUGGGCUGUCGGCGGCUUUUGAAGAUGCCAACUGGCAUCUGCUUGAGAAAUAGUGGGCUGCUUGAGAAAUCGUGGUAUAUUUAGAAUAAACGUAUAGCCUAGGCUGUAGUCUCACUAGCCUGCCUAUAUAAUAAUGGGAAGAUUGUGUAAUUUCAUUUGAUUACACUAUAGCAGCAUUCUCACGCCACAGGACACAAUUCCCACGUGCGGUUUUCAUAAUCCGACAUCUGAGCAGUGUUUUCCCUGCGGCUCCCAGGGAGCGGGGACUGAGCUCACACAUUCACACAUGCGAGCUGUUCGUUCCGCUGCCUCCGUCAGAAGAUCCGCGCCUCUGCUAUUUGAAAUGAGGACGGCAACCCGACCCGUGGCUGUUUGAAACUAUAGGCCUACUGGCAUCUGUGGCACGGCGCUGAGUGGGACGCUAUCUGCAGUGAUAGGGAGGAGGACGAGUCUGCUGUCCGCUAUACCCCAGCCUGGUCCCCGCGUACCGUACAGACAUGGAGCCGCUACCGGAGCAGAACUGCACCAUGUCAAAAAAGAGAGCUAUAGCUAAAAUCUUCAAAGUUCGCAAGAGGAGACAGAUGCUUUUCGUUCAAGUCUGUUUUAUCUGCAGUUUUCUAUGUUUGGCAUGGUGCAUGUCCGCCCUGCUCACAAAAACAGGACAUGGUCUGGUCCUGGAGCAGGGGCUGGCUGACACAUCUGACCGUCUGGGACGCAGGCUGAUGGCCUUGGACGGGGACAAUAACACACGGGAUAAGAAUUGCACCGAGCCAGCCAUCAAUGAGUUCCCUGAGGAUAUCUUCACCACCUACCAACGCACAAGAGGAGCUCUCCUGCUGCACAUAUUUGCGGCCCUGUACAUGUUUUUGGCCUUGGCAAUCGUCUGCGAUGACUACUUUGUGAUGUCGUUGGAGAAGAUCUGUGAGAAACUGGACCUGAGUGAAGAUGUGGCAGGAGCUACGUUCAUGGCUGCUGGCAGCUCAGCACCAGAGCUGUUCGCCUCGAUUAUAGGUGUGUUUAUCACUCAUGGAGAUGUGGGUGUUGGAACCAUAGUGGGCUCAGCAGUAUUCAACAUUCUAUGCAUCAUCGGUGUGUGUGGAAUCUUCGCUGGGCAGGUGGUGUACCUGACUAAGUUUGCAGUGUUCCGUGACUCGUUCUACUACACUCUGUCUGUGUUGGCAUUGAUUGCAUUCAUCUAUGAUGAGAAGAUUGUGUGGUGGGAGAGCUUAGUGCUGGUAGUGAUGUACUUUGGGUACAUUCUGAUCAUGAAAUUUAACACCAGCAUCCAGAACUAUUUCUCAGGGAAGGAAGACAAGAGCUUGGCCAACGGUAACACGGUGCAUCUCUGUGUAUCUCCAGUGAAGCCCACUAAGAGGUACAGUCGUAGCUCUGUGGUGAUGGUAGAUGAGAUUAUCAACUCCAGCCCUCCUAACUACCGUUUCCCCGAUGCCGGCCUGCGCAUCAUGAUCACCAACCACUUUGGCCCCAAGACACGCCUCCGCAUGGCUAGCCGCCUCAUCAUCAAUGAGGUGGGUGAGGUCACUGGGGUCGGGGGUCCGUCAGGCUUAUUGGAGAGGAGCUCAGUUAAAGUGAUUUACUUAGAAGUUAAGAAAGCUCGGCUAGUUCAGUUAUUUUACUAUGGACAGAUCGCGAGACGUCUUCUCCACUUCAUGGUCUGGAUGGUUGAGACCACACAAUAUUCCAUAGCUUAUGUCUUAUCCUCUCUAGGUCUUGGGGAUAUGGCGGUUUCCAACACCAUUGGUAGUAAUGUCUUUGAUAUCUUGGUGGGACUGGGGCUCCCCUGGGCGAUACAGACCAUGGCUGUGGACUAUGGUUCUGAGGUGAUGAUCAAUAGCAGAGGGCUGGUCUACUCUGUGGUGCUUCUUCUGGGCUCUGUGUUUCUGACAGUUCUGGGGAUCCAUGUGAAUCAUUGGAAGUUGGACCUGAAGCUGGGUGUGUACGUGCUGGUGAUGUACGUCAUCUUCCUGUGUUUCUCCAUCAUGAUCGAAUACAACGUGUUCACCUUCGUCAAUCUGCCCAUGUGUCUGGAGCAGCUMUAGGACGGCCUACACCACCAGACAGGUGUCCCUGCUGAAUUAUAGACUCACAUAGCCCUCUGAAUCUAAACUUAGCCACUAACUACUCAAUCAUUUCUAUCCUGAAAUCCCCCUCCCCCCACACACACAUACACUUCUUUUACACACCUCUUUUUCAUUCCAGAUGUAAAUGUCUGCCCUUGCUAUAUCCCUUUUCCAUUCCUUCACUAUCCAUCAAUAAUAUAGAGAUCCCUAGAUACAUAUAUUCAUUCARAAUAUCUUCAGUUCCCCAAACACUCUCCCUACAUGUUUUUCUGCUGUCAAUGAGAAGAGGAGAUACCAACAGAACCGUAUGGAUUCUCCUUACUAACCCAGAGGAACCGAAGGCUACUCUUCGUCUUUCCCUCCAGAACCCAACUCACCGUCCAAAGGAGAGAUACACAGCUCACCUCUACACAGAACCCAUCUAGCUGAAACCCUCCUAGUCUUCACAACAUAACCCAGGACCACCAUUACACUUCCUAUACUUCCGUCCUCCUCUGUUUGUAUCUCAUCCGGUCUCAGAAAUAUUUUUUGGGUCAGGCAGCUCACCGACCUUCAUCCCUACUAAAGAAAAGGACCCAAGCAUUUAUGAAUUCUUCAUUUAUUGCCAUUUUGAUUUAUUAUAUUAUAUUCUUCCUUUGGAAGUAAAACAAACAUACAUUUCAUGAACAUACUGCACUUUAGAUGUUGCGCGUGAAAUGAAGUAGUGUAUAUAUAUGACAUAAUAUAUGAUAUUUUUCAGUGUUACAGUUCUUCCUUUGUGUGGUUCAAUAAGGAGAGAGGGGGGGAGGCAGCAUGUGCCAAAUCCUAUCUCUCUCUCGCUGGCAGGAAGAGGAGAGUCCAGGGGAGAACCUGUCAUUCUUCUGUUUCUGGACACUCCAACUGCAAGAAACUGCUGACCAAGACAUUGAUAUGCCGUUUCCUGUGUUUGAGUGUGAGUGAAAGUARGUGAGACAUUGCAAGGAAGGGAGGAGAGUCUCCUCUAUUAGUAUUCAGCACCACUGUGGAGAGGAGAACACAUCUUGGAAGACUAUGCCCCAMUGGUGCUUGGUGGAUGCUGAUUUAACACAAAGCUCAAGUGUACCGAGAGAACAGGACUUGGGCCCGGGCCCGGCCCCUUUGGCUGAGGAAAAGCAUGGAUUUAUUUUGGCCUCCUGUAGGUUGGACUGCCCGAGCCAGGCUCGUCCUCCUGAGUCAUGUUGAUUUGUUUUGAUUGCUUAAUUGUGUGUUUGAUAUCUUCAGCUCCUUCAGCUUGUGUUCUGUCUGAGGCCUGUUCCAUCAGAUACAAUACAGACCCAUUCAGUUUCCUCACCUCCCUGUGCUCCAGCCUGUCCGUCUCGGCGGGCUGAAGAGAUGCUGCUGAUGAUGGGGAUCUGUGCUUCACAAUGGUACACUUCUUUGUGUUGUGUGUUUGUUUAUAUGUAAAUACGACCUGUCAUGCACAAGCUGAGGUUCUCUCGUUGUGAAUCCAGUGCUACCUUAAUUCUGCCAGUCGGGCAAGGCGGGGAAAGUGGGAUGCAGUUCCUGUGUAGAUAUUUUAAACUGCUUCCYUCUUUCCCCUACCCUGCUCCAAAUCCUUCUCUUCCUCCUCCUCACUUKUUUUUCUCCUCCUGUCUCUCUCAUUGUGAUUUUGUCUUCUCUAAAUGCACGAUGGGACAUAUAUUUAUUUCUCCUGCGGAGCAGAAGCUUAGCGUGAUGGGAUCACUACCCUGUCCGUCCAUCAACCUCCAAAUAUUGGCAGCUACGAGUUGAGUUGCCCUCCGCCCAUCUGACUGACCUUGUUAAGGGUCGUGUUCAUCAGGGCACACAAUGGAAAACACCUUAAACCAAAAAAGUGUUUCUUAUUGGACAAGUCUAUGUAGUUGCUUCCUGUUUCAGUCUGUUUUCUUCCGUUUGGUACCUAAUGAACACAACCCAGUUCAGGGGUCACUAUGGGAGCAGAGGGUGGCACCUGUGUCAAUGUCAGUUGUUACUGGGUGUUUCAGUGUUGAGAAGUUCUGUCACUGUUUUCUGUGUUAAAAGGCAGACAUUGGAUGGAGUGUGUGGUAUAUACACUCAGUGGCUAGUUUAUUAGGUACACCAAUGGUUAGCUCCUACACACAGUGAGUCACUUGGCCAUGGCUUGCUAUAUAAAACAGGCAGACAGGCAUCGGGGCAUUCAGUUACUGUUCGAUUGAACGUUAAAAUGGUCAAAACUAGUGACCUAAGCGACUUUGAGCGUUGUUUGAUCGUCGGUGCCAYGUGRGCCGGUUCUGGUAUCUCAGAAACAAACGGCCAGCCUUCUGGGCUUUUCACGCACGACAGUCUAGUGUUUACCGAGAAUGGUGUGACAAACAAAAAACAUCCAGUCAGCGUC